CCCGCAGCUGGCGCCGCUGACGGCCGAGUCGCUCGCGGCGCUGGCGCGUCUGCGCGCCCAUGUGCCUGUGCCCGAGCCGUGUCCCGGCGCCGUGCCGGCGUAUCGGCGCGCAGCCGUGCUGCUGGGUCUGUUCGGCGGGCGGGCGAGGCGACCUGCACGUCGUCCUCUCCCAGCGCGCCCUCGGCCUGCGCAGCCACGGCGGCGACACGGCCAUCCCCGGCGGCCGCUUCGAGCUCGGCGACGCAGACAUGGAGGCGUGUGCACGCCGCGAAGCAUGGGAAGAGACCGGCCUGCCGAUCAACCCCGCAGCCUCGCCGAAGCUGUGCGAGCUGCGCGCCUUUCUCUCCGCCAACGAGCUCGUCGUGACGCCCGUCGUGGUGCUGCUCACAGAUCCGACGCAGCAGCCAAACCUGAACCCGCGCGAAGUCUCCUCUCUCUUCUCUGUGCCUCUGCGCGCCUUCCUCUACCAUGUGCCGCCCGUAGCGCUGCGGCCGUCGCUGCGCCUGCCAGCCAUGCCGAGCGAGGACGACAUGCUCAGCGCCAGCGAGGUCUCGGGCCCCUCGGACUGGCAUCACUGCCGCGACAUCAGCUGGUUCGGCGAGCGGAUACGCAGACAUGACUUUUGGCACCGCAGCAACCCAAUUCGCGGGCUCACCAGUGACAUUCUGAUCCACGCCGCGUGGCUGGCAUACGGCCAAGAGCCGUCCUUCGUGCUGCGAGCGCCGAACCAGCCGAGCGACGCAGCGCUCAUCCGCACGGCCUUCGAGGGCCCGCUGGCCAUCCGCAAGCGCCGCGUGCGUCCGCGCAUGGGGCCCUUGGCGCAGCCUGUCGACGACGACGACAAGGAGGGCACGCCGGGCAAGAGCAAGCUGUAGAGGCGCGCCGCUUGGCUUGGAUGGACAAUUGGUGCUGCGCUUGCUCUGCGAUACUGCAAUGAAUACCCUAUGUUGCGCGA